GCUCAAUUGACUGCUGUUAGUGACUUUAAGUAUACGGUGGAUCAAUUCUAAGAAUGGUCUCUCUCCCCAAUGAUGAAAACGAUGUAUCAUCAUCUGUUAAAAGCAAACUCUUAUCUAUCAAGGAGUAUGUCCAAGAGAAUUGGAAGUACUUUGUCAGUGGAUUGAUUGUACUUUUACUUUCAAUUGUCUUGUUAUCAUCCAAUGCAGUGGGAUAUUUGAAGAUUGCCCUUCAGCCAGUGGAUGAUGCGUCCAUCUGCCCGAUGCAUGAACCCUUGGCCCCAGAAUCCUUUUAUCAAGAUAAUUCGACCGUUCUUGCCAUUCUUCGUGAUGAAGAAUUCCGUUUGAAAUCAGUUAAGAAAUUGGCAGGUGCAGUUCAAAUUAAUACCACAGUCACUGACAAUCAACCUGACGUUCCAGAUGCUCCACAACUCUGGGAAUCCUUUGGUGAUUUCCACCUUUACUUACAAUCCACUUUCCCCAAGAUCUUCACUUUACUUGACGUUGACUAUGUCAACACGUACGGGAUUGUCAUCCAUUGGAAGGGCUCCAAUAGUAACCUUAAACCCGUAAUGUUGACUGCCCAUCAGGACGUGGUUCCAGUACAGAAGGACACUUUGGAAGACUGGUCCUAUCCACCAUUUGAAGGUCAUUAUGAUGGACAAUAUUUAUAUGGUAGAGGAUCUUCAGAUUGUAAAAACAUAUUGAUUGCAAUCUUGGAAGCCAUUGAAUUGUUAAUUGAACAAGAUUUCAAACCACAAAGAGGAGUAUUGGCUGUAUUUGGUUUUGAUGAAGAGGCAUCUGGCUUAAGAGGUGCCUUCAAUCUUAGUAAGUAUUUGGAAAAGAGAUUCGGUAAGGAUUCGAUCUAUGCUAUUGUAGAUGAAGGUUCUGGAUUGAUGAAAGAUCAAAUCACAGGACAAAUCAUCGCCAUGGCUGCCACUGGGGAAAAGGGUUAUGCAGACCUUAAGAUUGACUUGACCACCCCUGGUGGACAUUCUUCUGUUCCACCUGACCACACCUCGAUUGGAUUAAUGUCAGAGGUUGCAUACUUGAUGGAAAAUGAUAAGUAUGAACCCAUCUUGUCGGCCAAAAACCCAAUGUUGAAGUAUAUCCAGUGUUUGGCUGUUAACACUGGGGAUAAAAUCCCCAAGAUGACCAGAAAGGCUAUCUUAAGAGCAGGAUUUGAUAAAUUGGCAAACAGUCUUUUGGUUAAAUCCUUUUCGAAAUCGCCUCUUACUCGUUAUUUGAUCUCAACCUCUCAGUCAAUUGAUCUUGUUCGAGGUGGAGAAAAGGCAAAUGCCUUACCAGAGGCCAUAACUUUAGUUGCCAACCACAGGGUGGCAAUCGAGUCUAAUAUUCAAGAAACAAAAGAUAGAUUUGUUUCUAGAGUUCAGAUUGUUGCUGAAAAAUAUGGUUUGGGAUUGGUUAGCUUUGGUAAGACCAUUUUGGAACCAACUGCGAAGGGUACAUUUGAAAUAGAUUUCUUCAGUCAUGCCUUAGAACCGGCCCCAGUUUCACCAUCAGAUGAUACAGUUUGGAAAUAUCUUGCUGGAGUUACAAGACAUGUUUUCGAAGACUUGGUUUUCCCUGAUUUGGACUAUCCUCUUGUUGUGGCCCCAGCUAUUAUGCCUGCAAACACCGACACAAGAUAUUAUUGGAAUUUGACUAAGAACAUCUACAGAUAUACUCCAGCAUACUCUGAAGAUGUGAUGAAGGAAAAUCACAUACAUAGUGUUGACGAAAGAGUUAGCGUGGAUGCACAUUUGGAAACCCUUGCCUUUUUCUAUGAGUAUGUCCAAGCCAUCAAUACUCCAGACGCUGACAAUUCUUAAAUAUAUCAAUAAUAAAAAUAUGCUUUCUA